AUGGAAUUCCAACUCUACAAAAUAGCCCUCUCAACUGUUUAUCUCAUCUGCCUCUUUCUUAGCUUACCUAAUCUGCCUCUUAAAGUUGCUUGUGAUGUAUCAGAAGCACAAGCUUUUCUCAUAUGGAAAUCCAGCAUUCACAUCAAAACUAAACCUCUCUUGGCUUCAUGGUCUAAAACCAAAACGAGUCCUUGCUCUUGGUUUGGAGUUUCUUGCAACGACGCCGGAAGAGUCACCGGAAUCAACCUUGCCGGUUCAGGACUAAAUGGUACACUCCAAAACUUUCCAUUCUCAUCAUUUCCCAAUCUUGUGCACUUAAAUCUUAGCAUGAAUGAACUUUUUGGUUCAAUCCCACCUCAAAUCAGUCAGCUCUACAACCUCAUCUACCUCGACUUGUCGACUAAUCGGUUUUCGGGGGAAAUCCCAUCUUCAAUUGGCCUGUUAACUCAUCUUGAGAUCCUUAACCUCUCUGAAAACCAGUUAAGUGACUCAAUUCCUGAAGAAUUAGGCCAACUCAGGUCACUUGAUAAGCUUUUCCUCCACAACAACAAUCUACAUGGAGUGGUUCCAUCUUCUUUGGAUAAUUUAAGCAAACUCACUCACUUGCAUCUCUACAAUAAUCCACUCUCUGGCUCUAUCCCACCUGAACUUGAUCGGCGGCUCUACGAACGCAGCUACCAUGAGUUGUGGAAUAAUCAGUAUUCAGAUAAAGUUCAUGGACCAGGUGGUGGCCGGCAACCACCAGCUGGAGUUUAG